AUGGCAGUUUCACAAGAUCCUUUAGUAAGCGGGAGCGAAAUUUGGAAUCAAUCGCGUCAAGUUUCUACGAACAAAGUAUCUCGUACUAGGCAAAAAAAUGAUCCUUUACCUCAACCUCCACAAGAUGGUUAUUACUUACGAGUAUCAAUUACAACUCUAGACAAAAACCGUCGUGAUCCAGUUUUCAAAUUCAGAGCCAUUACAAAUUUACCAAGAUUUAGACAUACUUCAUAUACUCACCUCGAGCGUACCUAUAAUGAAUUCGAACGAUUAUAUAGUUCUUUAGCUUAUUCUAAUCCGGAAUGCAUUGUCCCCGCUUUGCCCUUUUCUGCGACUAGUUAUCAAGGAACUGAAGAGGACGAACGUAGAGUAAAGAAGGCAAUGCAACAAUGGGUGGAUCGUGUGUCAAUGAACCCUAUAUUGUGCCACGAUGAAGAACUCAGAUUCUCAACACAAGUGAAGGAUGAUGAUAUGAAUUUGGCUCAAGCCAAGUCAAUCUCACAUUUGCUUGAAAGUCAUUUUGUCGAUGUCGCUAGAAAUGUACAAAAGUUGUCUAAGUCACGAAAAGGUUUGGCCAUAUGUAGCACUGAAUUUGGUAUCAAGUCUCAUGCUUUGGGUACUGUUGAAAAGCAUCCGCAAUUAUCAAAUGGCCUUCGUAAACUUGGCAAGACGCUUCAAAUUAUCGGUGAUUUACAAAAAUCGCAAGCUAUUAGUGAAGCAGCAGCUCUUGGUGAUUUUUUUAGUUAUUAUGCUGUUAAUGCACAUAUAGUUAAGGAAACUUUGGCAAAUCGUCUUAGAAUAAUUACAGAACAUGAGGAUGCAGUGAAAGCCACCAUAAGUAAAAAACGGUACAUGGAACGUUUAAAAUCUUCUACAUCAAUAAAGUCUGAUAGAGUUGAUGAAGCAUUGAAAGAAUUUAAAUAUGCCGAAGAUUACGAACAAAACCUUGAUGCACGUGUCAAACGUGUGACAAAAAACCUUCAUUCAGAAUUGCAAAAUUAUGAAGAUAAUCGUACUCAAGAUUUCAUCAAAGCCGUCAAAGAAUAUGUGUACAAACAAAUUAUAUUUGAAAAACAGCAGCUGAAAGAAUUGGAAAAUUUGAGACCCGAUAUUAAUGCUAUUACGAAACGAAAUAUGAGCAGUUAUGCGUUUGGAGAGGAAGAACUUACACCACGUGUUGUUGCGGAAAAACUUAACUUACGCUAA